AUGAGGGAUCAUGUGGCAGAAUUUAACAAAAUCCUAGACUACAGGGAUGUGUUACACCAAACAAAUCCUGGUAGCACUUGUGUUAUGAAGCUUAAAGAUUCAAAAUCAGAAAAUGGGAUGAAACAGUUUCACUCUUUUUAUAUAUGUUUUGAUGCUAUGAAAAAGGGUUUCCAACAAGGAUGCAGAAGAUGUAUAGGGCUGGAUGGGUGUUUUCUAAAAGGAAUUUGUAAGGGUCAACUUUUGGUAGUUGUUGCUAAGGAUGCAAACAACCAAAUGUAUCCAAUAACAUGGGCAGUAAUUGGUACUGAAAGCAAGUUGACAUGGAAAUGGUUCAUGACCAUUCUGCAAGAUGAUCUUAAUCUAGGAGAUGGUUCCCAGCCACUAUCAUUAGUGAUAUCCAAAAGAAUGUGUGCUAGACACAUAUUAGCAAAUUGGUCACAAAACUUCAGAGGCAUAGAGAGAAGGAAGAAAUUUUUGGCUUGUGCUAGAUCAACAUUUGAGGCACAAUUUCAGUACAAUAUAAAUGCCCUAUCCAAGCUGGGAAAACGUAUAGUUGAAGCCCUUAUCAAAUACAAUAAGGAGAAAUGGUGCAAAGCUUUUUUCCAAACUUUUUCAAAAUGUGAUAGUAUAGAUAACAACAUGGCAGAGAGUUUCAAUGCUUGGAUCUUGGGACCUAGGAACAAGACUAUUGGAACUAUGCUGGAAGAAAUUAAAGUUAAGGUGAUGAGUAGGGUGAGUAAGUCAAGAGCAUUUGCUGAAACAUGGACAGAUGGAAUAUCUCCAAUGGCAAUGAUGGUAUUCAAUACCAAUGUAACAAGAUCAAUGCAGUGCAACAUUGAAUGGAAUGGUGAUGAUGGAUUUGAAGUGUUAAAAGGGGUAUACAAGCAUACUGUGAACUUGGGUCAACAGAAAUAUAGUUGCAGAUCUUGGGAAUUAAAAGGUAUCCCAUGUGCACAUGAUAUAGCAGCAAUGAACCACUUGAACAUGGAUGCAUCACAAGCAAUUUCAAGUUGGUAUAGAAAAGAGACAUAUCUGAAGACAUAUUCUCAUUUCAUUCAACCAGUCCCAAACAUUGAAAUGUGA